UGUAUUUGGAAUAGACGACUUCCUUCUGCUGUGGAAAAUCACCAGACUAUUCGAUAAUGGAGUUGAAUCUCGUGAGGCGUUAGAUGCUGUGAUUGAUAGAUGUUCCGAUAUACAAAAUAUCCGUGAAGCUGUUCUGCAGUACAGGAAGGUUUUCAACCGACAAAAUUAUGAGCCAAGAGUAAGAAGUGCUGCAUUUAACCGUGGCACUGAGUACUUGGAGAGAUACUUCCGGUUGAUUGCCUUUGCAGCAUACCUUGGGAAAGAAACUCUUGACGGAAGCUUUAAAAAAUGGUUGCAUCAUCAGAAACCUGAGGUGCUGAAAGCCAUGAAGAAGUGGAGGAGCGCACUGUUUUUUACCGUACAUGAGGAAUUGCAGGCACAACACGGGGAUGCAUUGAUGGAGUCAGUUUUCAACAAACGGUGUGGUCCUGUCUUGGGAAAAGGUUCUACACUUGAAAUGUGCUCCCCUGGCCAAAGGACUCCAAAUCGUUUGCAGAUUCAUGAAGACAGUGUGGAUUCAGCAGAAAUAAAAAGAGAAGAAGCAACUGUUUACAUCAAUGGAAAUUACAAUAUAUCUUGAACAGAUUUUGGCGCUUCUUUUUGCUUCCCCUGAGCUUAAGGAACUAAUCAUAGAUGGUAUGUACUGGGAAACUUGGGAAUGGUCAGGCACUUUGUCUAGCCAGAGUCUUCAGAGGCUUUCUAUCGCUCGUGUCUUCUCCCCUGAGUUUGCUGGGCCUCAUGAUCAGAGAAUUUUUUUCAACACUCCAAGUCUCGCCUACUUGGACUACAGUGAUUUUGUGCCGCAUGAGUACCCUACUGUUAAUUUCCACUCACUUGUUGAAGUUAAACUCAAUCUUCGACUGGUGCCAAAUCCCCAAUGGGAUGGACUAUAUCCAGAUGAUGAGGAUGUCUAUUCCAGCAAUCCUGAAAAUCUUAUCAAAGGGAUAAGACAUGUGAAGAUACUCGAGUUAUCCUCUUCUUUCAGUUUUGAGGCACUAAACUUCUUCCACAGAUCAUUCCCACUAUAUGAAUGCUUAAACCUGCUGAUCCUUAACCAUGUGGACGUUGAAUUUUGCUGGCAAUUUCUUCCUUUCUUGCUGAAGAAGGCUCCAAAUUUGAAUAUUCUCAUCAUCAAGGGAGGGUUGCAUUGUGGGGAAGAGCCUGACUAUGUCUGUCGAUGUUUGUCAAACUAUUCUUAUCUACCUUCAUCAAAUAUAGAAGUUUUGAAGAUAAACUUAGCGGAGGGAGGCACAGUGGCUGAACUGGAGCAUCUUAAGAAUUUUUUGGGUAAGUUGACAUCUCUGCAACUGCUGCAGGUUGGCUCGUGGAAGAAGCUUAGCAAAGAGUUCAUGAGUGAUCUCCUAAAGCUUCCGAGAGCUUCGUCCAAGUGCAAAAUCCAGCAGACCAGACUCCAGUAGAAUGACAGUUUUCUGUUCCACUCCAUAGAAUGACCCUUUUUUUUGUUGUUGUUGUUGUUGUUGGAAACAUACUGUGCUUUCCGUCUUGUCUCCAGACUCUAGUCUAUGUAGGAAGAACACGAGGAAGAUUCUGCUAUACGUAUGGAAAAGUUGGAAUAUUCCAUUUU